AUGGACAGCCAAGAAGAGAAGGUCUUAACCUACAGAUUCAGCUGGGAUUAUGAGGAACUACACGAUUUCUAUAAUCUGGUCCUGGCCGGAUCCAAUGACCGACACUGGAUCAGAGAAGUUCGGAUCAAAGGAACGACAUCCGAAUUCGACCAUAAAAACAUGCUAGAUGACGCCUUCAUUCAGCUGCGCCAACUCCGAAAAGUUCAAGUGUUGGACGACAAGGACAUGGUAGGAGUGAAUAAAUAUGUCAGGAGGGAUGUAUCCCUAAGGAUUAUGGGCCUGGUUAUGCAAGCCCUCGUCCAACGGGCCAAUGAUUACCACUUCCAACGAGAUAGUCCCAGGAUAAACACUCUCAAAUUUGAGAGAGUUUACUGGCCUCUUUUUAGUCCAAUCACUCGGGCUUCGAAAUUGGCUAUCUUUCCGUUUCUCCAGCAUCUCGAUCUUACUUUUGAGCCCAACCCAGACUUGUCACCAGAAUCCGAGCAAAGCUAUUGGCACGAAGAGCUCGGCAUUGUCUUGAAAGAAUGCUCUAGGCUGAAAACUCUCACUCUUCGGUUCGGACGCCCCCCGGUGCGUAUGGCUCAAGCCUACACCAAGGACGAAAUUAUUCUUCCUCCCAAUUUCAGAACUUUGGUCGGAAAUACGCACUUUCGGGAGCUCGAAGAAUUGACCCUUGAACGUGUCGUCCUAGAUCACGAGUUUGCUGUCGAUUUCUUCAGUAUGCAUGCCAACACGCUCCAGGUAGUGAACUUGAUCUCACUAUGGAACGGUUGCGACAUCGCGUAUUCUGGCUCGCCAAUUCAUGAGAUAUUGAUCGCAAUGAGAUUGAAAGACGUACAAUUCCGAGGCAAAUGGUACGAGUACAUUCCAUUGGGUGACAGUGAGAAUGUGUGGUUUGAGCCGAAGGUCAUAUGGGACGAUGCCUGUAGGCCUAAUUUGACAUCCAUGAUGAGACGAGAGCUUGAGAUUUUACAGAAAGGAGGAAACCCACAAGCCAGACUACCACAAGCCAGCCAGCCACCAAUUGUACGACAAACCAUGUGGCAGAACAUCAGCAAAUGUUGCAAAAAGUUCUUCAAGGAGAAAAUUCGCCGGAAAAGGGAUGAUGGCUUGGCUUGA